AUGUCUAAUAGACCAGUGUUAGAGGAAGUGGACGAUGAUGACAUCGACAUGGAUUUAGACAUCGCUCAGUUCGAUCCGCAGCUUAGAACUCCAAUAGCACCUAUACAGAGAGCGCAACCACCAGUCAUGCAGUCUUCGUAUUCACAGGUGCAACAACAGCCCCAAAGCCAACCAACCUCGAAGGAACACCCUUCGAUUGUUGAUCCCAAUAAAUUCACCGAAGAAGAACGUAACCAUCUUAAAAAAUUCCAGCUUAUUUACCCUUGCUACUUCGAUAAGAACAGAUCACACAAGGAAGGGAGAAGAGUAUCUUCCUCAAAGGCCGUGAACAACCCAUUGGCAAAGACCAUUUCCGAUGCAUGUCGUCAUUUAUUUCUCCAGUGUAUGUUAGAACUUGACAAGACACACCCGCAGGACUUUGGAAAUCCUGGUAGAGUGCGGGUAUUCAUCAAGGAAAACGGAACCCCACAAGACCAAAGAUUCAAGACCAAGAGAGAACUCUUGGAUGUCAUUGCAGACUACCUUAUAUCACACCCAACUACCUUGGACAGCAUUGGGCCCAAGAGCGGCAUUCCUUUGCCUAGAGAGUACGAAGUAGGAGGAAACUUCGAACCAGAAGAAGUCCCUAAGGUCAAGGGUUUCAAGAUGAAUAGUAUUGUGCCGGUGCACUCGCCGCUCAGUAUCAAGCAUCCUAUGACCAAGAGCAUUUACGACCCGGAACCGGAGCAGGUAGCCCCAGUUAAGGCGCCAAACCCAAACAAAAUGAAGAAGAAAGUGAAGAUGAUCAGAGGAUAG